AUUUUUUUUCUACAUUUUGUGCAAACUCACCUGAUUGUUGCCAAGUAAGAUUAUUUUCCAGUCCAGUGGGCGCUGUAAGAGCGAUUAGGUAUUGGUGAUGUUGUCGGGUGUGGUGUUGCUGUUGUUUCUAUCGACAGAAACUAUUAACGGACAAUGUCAAAUGGAAGGAAAGGUCAUUAACUGUAAAGGAAGACAUCUUAAAGACGUGCCUUCAUUCGAUAUCUUAUCAGACCGAACAAGCGUCUAUCUAAACUACAACGACAUCGAAUACAUCCCGCCUAACGCCUUUGUGAACAUCAGUGAUACUCCAGAAUUACACGUUUAUCUGGAUCACAACGUCAUCAACGAAAUCGACACAAAUGCUUUUGCUGGUUUAGAAAAUGUCACUGUUCGCCUCUUCCUCCGAGAAAACAACUUCACUCAUGGUUUGCCAGAGGCUAUGUCGUCACUAAAACGUCUGACACACCUGAGUUUCAAUGGUAUUGCCAUCUUGUCACCAGUUGUUCUGACUAAUGUCAGCAGCAGCCUGGAACACCUCAGUAUUGGCUUGGAUUCGCUUUCUUCUUGGCCGAAACAGCUUCAGCACCUUUCUCAUCUAAAUUCAUUGCAAGUGUCAGACAUGCACUAUGGUAGCAUACCCAAGGACGCUUUCAGUGGUUUUAUCUCGUCUUUAGAAUUCCUUGAAAUUACGUCUUCAAAUUUAAACUCGUCUCUUGAUGCCAUUUGUCCCCUUGUUAAUCUUCAGACCUUGACAUUGACCUUCGGUCACGUGAAGGAUAUCGACAGCUUGUUUCCGAUAUGUCCGCAAAGGCUUAAUUCUACAUGGAUGCUUAAACUCCAACACGUGACCUUCACUUUAUUCCCCGACGUGUUUCACAUAUUUCCCAAGCUGACGUUUCUAGAAGUGAGUCACAACGACAAAUUGCGCUUCAUCUCGGACGAGGUUGUGUCGGCCGACAACAAAGUGACAGAGUUGAUUCUGCGCAAGAAUAACCUUAGGCAGAUUCCGUUCGUCGUCCAGAAUAUGGCGAGUCUUGAGAUGUUAGAUCUGUCAUCUAAUCAGAUUUUAGUUGUGGAGACGAACGACUUGGGAAAUCUCACAAGGUUAAAGAGGUUGAUCUUGUCGUCUAAUCCCAUCGUGGACAUUUCUGUCCACGCCUUCAGUCUGCUACCUUCUCUCCAGUACCUGGGGCUGAGUCACACCAAUCUCACGCAUCUACCCCGUGCCAUUCUCUCACAACCAAACAUAACUACAGUCGACGUGCGCUCUAACCCCAUCGUUUGUGGGUGUGCCAUGAACUGGAUCCUGAACACUAAUCUCAUGUCCAGCCUCAUCGGAAAAUGCUUGGACAAAACCGCGUCAAAGGAAUCUAAAGUUGUAGAGUAUGUCAAGACAAAGUGCAAGGGUCCUUGAACACUUAAAUAGUAGACUUUAACUGAUUAAUAAAGAAAAUGAACGGACAUGUGCAUGCU